AUGAGUCCGACAUCAAAGUCUGGGAGCGAGGGGACUCCUACUCCCGUGCAGGAAGAUGAUCGGACACCUACUCCUGGUACGAGGUCGAUCGACACGAAUUCACCCCUUCCCCCGUAUGAUCAAUCCUCGCAUACUUCUCCGACUCUCCCACUCCCACCGCCAGAUUUCAACCCGCCAGCGGAUUUUCCAACAGAUUCACCUGUAAACAGCAUAUCGACGCCUUCGACUAGCUCUGCGGCCUCUCCAACCAGGUUUGGCAACACCUUCUCGUCACCUUUGGAUCUUGUCCCUGGGGGUAAUUUCUCUCCCACGGAAAACCCUUCUCAAUUGCACCGUCCUGCCUUACAAUCUAUACAGAGGAUAUCCAGUGAAUCGAUACCUACCCCAGGAUCAGGAACGAGCUCGCUGUCUUCAAACCAGUCGGAAGGUGGAGAUCAUUUGGUUGAAAUGAGAGAAGAUCUCAAAGAGAAAUUGUUACAAUCCGAGACCUCUACGCCAUCACGGACGAGAAGUAGCUCAGUGUCUACCACGACCACAGAAAAUUUCAGAUUCAACUUGAUCAACCCCACGCCACCCACCGAGCCGGCCCUAUUUGAGGAGUACAACGAAGAAGAGUACAAUGAAGCUGGUCCAAGUCAACCUAGAAGAUUGAGUUCUGGUGCUUUAGCAAAUCUGGAGGAGUGUCACGAUUUACCUGUAGAACAUGCUUGGGACAGUGUGUGGCCCGCACCUGGAUCUACGCAUCGUAGUGUACCGCCGGACCCAGGUCCAUCGAGAUUUCCGAUCGCCCCUGUAUCGCCGUUUGUCACUCCAUCAUUCUCACCCGCCAUCAUACCUACAACCUCUUCGAGCUCACUUUGUCGCAGGCCGCCAUCGCCAAUCGUCGAUCCACGUGACCCUGCGUCGCCGGGGAAAAGAAGUCAAUCGCCAGUGACAGGCCCUUUCCGAUUUUCGCCUAGAUCAGGCAACUCAUCACCUAAUAUGGAGCCGAAUGGCCCGACUGAGAUGUACUAUGGUGGAAGAAGAAGAUCCAUCGCCGCGGAUGCUCCGUUAUUAGCGCAUUCACCACCUUCCACUGCAUCCAUCUCAAUCAACCUUAGCAAACACAACCGAUCGUUGUCUAAUUCAUCUCAGCUUAGUCCACAGAAUCGUCAUUCCCGGUCGAAACCGAUAGCAGCUCCACCCCUCUCAGCACCGGCAAACAGAUUGACAAACCCUGGUGCCUCUCCACCGAUAUCGGCAAUCUCCAAAAGUCGUCCAAGAGGUCAUAGUUUGUCUUCCGUCAUUCGUACUCAGCCCUUUGGUCUGGAACCUCCCAAUCCUUCAUCUCCUGAAAAACGACAGAAGUCUCCAUUGGUCAAUCCUUCCAAAUUGGAAGAAACCGAUCAAUCAGCGGCAUCAACGUUGACAUCUUCGUCAUCUCUUCCCCCCAUCUCCUUACCCCCUGCGGUAGCCAAACCGCCCAACCCAUUUCCUGAACCAGCUCAAGCAUCGACAUCAGGCAAUUCUGCUCGGCCCCCGUCCCCUCCGCUGUUCGCUCCUCUUGCUCGGCCCGCCGUCCUCAGACGAGCACUGUCAGAUUACGAUGCAAAGGCUAGGAAUACUCCACCGGGAUUCCAUCGUACGCUCAGUAUCACUGCGGAACUCGAUAAAUCGCCAAAACGCACAACGUCCAAUGCUGAUAUUGCUUCACCCUCGGAACCAAAAGAAGGGGAAGAUAAUGGUCGGAGCCGUGUGAGAAAGAGUCCGAGAAUGUCGCCGAACACCCUUCCAGUAAUAUCCCCUCUCACCGCGCGAUCAGCUGGACCAUUGGGAGAAGCAGAGGAACGAGUUGGAGAUCUGGCGGAAGCGUCGAACUCCCAAAGCUACUUUCCCGACGUCGGAACACAGUCUUGGUCUGGUGAUACCGCGCCGGAUCAGAUGGGUGAUGUGGACAUUGUGGAUGAAGGUGACAUGUUACCCAUGGGCGACGUUCAGAUGGAUGUCACUUUUGACGAUGAGGGUCUCAAUACCUUAGAAAGGAUUUUCCUACUCAGCAAAAGUGAAUAUCCUUUUCAUCGGGCUUAUGUCGCACGAGUGCUUGGGGAUCUGCUCAAUGAGGUGGAUCCCUGUGAAUCAGUCGAAUAUGUCUUACCUUUACUGAGUGGAUUUUCAAUGGAUGAUGAUGAAAGUGUCAAAGAGGCUUUUGCGUCGGAAUUGCAUCGGAUCCUAUGGUAUUUCUAUUCAACCUGCAAACUCCUAGUAGACGAAGGAGAAGGUGAAAUGGUAGAGAUUCCUGAACCUGAAGGGCAUGAUAUGCCUCGAGUUGGACAUCCGCCUGAGACUCGGCAGGAAACCGUCACGAUCACUUCGGAAGGUAUCAAUACGGUGCCUACGCCUACUAUAGCCGAGGCUGCCGAAAGUGCUGUUCCAAUGGGUCGACAACGAUCAAAUACCUCUUUGCUCAGCACUAGUAGUGCUACAGGUCCAUCGUCCGCAGGAUCAAGCUUGACUCGCCCGUCAUCAUCCAAAUUCUCUCCGGGUAUUUCGGAAACUCAGGAGGACGUCAAUACCCCGAACUCCUCAGUUUCUGCAUCUUCGCAAGAUACAGCCUUCAGUCCUGGAUUGCACAUCAAGCCCUUUGCUGAGAGUGGUGACCAAGAGGACUUUUCGAAGGAAGAUCAAGGUAUCUUAGUUGACCGACCAGUCUUAGCAGUCAAUUUCUUUACGCCGUUGGUCGGCUCAUUGCUGCUCAAUCAGAAUCCUGUCAUAUCUGAAUCAGUCAGAAAUGGUGUGGUGGCAGUACUAGAACGCUUGAGGGGUAAGGGCGAAGUACUACUUGAAACUUGGGGCCAUCUAGCUCAGCAACCCGAAGCCGAUGAACGGAGAACUUUCGCCACUCAGAAUGGACCUCAUCAACAUGACUUGCGACCUUUUUUCACGGAAGCUAGGAAAGUGGUUGAAAUAGAAUUGCUCCAGGGCAUAAUCAUCGGGAUGGGUCAGUUGUCGACUGACAUGCCCGACAUGGUCUUUGAAGGAUCAGAUCAUGGUGAAGAUGAGCUACGCGAUCAGGAAGCGUUCCAAGCUCAAUUGAUCCAAGAAGCUACCGCGGGACGAGCAACGUCGAUGAACCUUAUUGGAGCCGUUUCAGAGUUCUUCGAGCAGCAGGAAGUGGUGGAAAACGGAUUUGUGGAAGAAGUACUGGCCUCUGGAGAUGGUGAUGUACCUGUUAGAGCUGAGGCAGCAGUAGCUAUGAGCUGUUUGGCGAAAAUGAUCCCGGUUGAACAUGUUUAUACAAUGCUACCUCUCUUCGAGUCGUUCUGCGAAGAUGAUAACGAUCAUGUCAAACAAUCGGCAUGUCUGGCUCUACCGGCUUUAUGUAGACGUAUCGAAUCUCCAGAUUAUCGACGUUCCUUUGCUGUGAAAGCGGUUCAAACUCUUAUGUCGGGUGACGAAGAUGUGCGAUGUGCUGCUCUGGAAAUGCUAGGAGAGGUCAUAUACAUCUUUCAUGAUGAUCCCCGAGGACCACCUGAUGAGCUUAUCGAUGUGUAUACGGAUGACUCGGAAGUUAGAGACGGCGAACGAGACUCAGAUUGGGACGUGGUGGCUAUCUUCAACUUUCCUGGUGUUUGUCUUACAUUGGGUUCCGAAAGAUGGUCCGAUGUUCGAGAUCUCUUCCAACGCUUGCAAGAUCGAGCGGGAGAAAAGGUCCUUCGUACCACCGCGUCAUGCUUACAUGAACUCACCAAGAUACUUCGUCCGGAUCAAGUUGUCUCCGACCUUCUCCCGGUGUAUACCAGAUUAUUAGGUGAUUCCGAAGAGAUCAGAGAGAGGGUAUUCGAACAUGUCGAUACGAUCAUCGCGUCUGUACCUAAAGAAGUCGGAUGGAGCUUGUUUCAGCAUCUCGCAAGAGGAUGGAAAGAAGGUAUGCUAGGUGGAUGGCGGGCUAGGGAGAAACUUGGUUUACACAUACCGAGCUUUCUUGAGACUUUCGCGAACAGGACCGGGAUAGAAGAGGUCUUGGAAAUGAUGAGAGAUGCCCUUCUUGACCCUUUCGCAGCAGUCAGAGAUGCUGUUACCAAAGGUAUCCCGAAAGCUUAUGAGGUGCUCGGUACUCAGUCGCCAGUAGCCAAGCGGUUCCGAGACAUCUUACUCGAAUUGGGAGAUUCCCGAGCAUUCAAGCAGCGUUUGACGUUUGUCAGAUGUUUGAGGGAGUUCGUCAAGCCCCCACCUAAUCGACAGGCAUUCGAGGAUUUCUUCUUACCCGUUUUACCCCGAUUAUCUAAAGAUGUUAUCGAUGUACGACUAGGCAUUGCUCAAAUCAUCGCUGACCUAUUCGUUGUCGGAGCAUAUUAUUCAAAUGUCGGUCAAAAUGUUCCUAAAACGAUAUGGGAGAUUGCCCAUGAUCUAGCAAUCGAUCAAUCUACCGAUGUGAGAGAUACAGUAAGAAAAGUGAAUAUGAAUCGAGCGAGACCUACUGGUAAAGGAAAGGAUGUUCAAGUUCCAUACGAAGUGAAAUUACCUGAAAAUCCAGAUCGAUCUUUAAAACCUGGUCAAAGAGAGGGCACCUCACCUUCAAACUCGACUUCAACUGUUGGUUUACCACCUAAGAAAAAAUCCAGUGGCUCAUCCUUUCCUGCUGUAUCGAACUCUGCUGUAGCCGAACGACAGGCCUCUUCCUCGUCGUCGUCGUCGUCGUCUAACAGUCAGGAUCAGCAAACCAAAGGUUUACCGUCAUCACCUGUCAGAAGGCCUAGUAAUGAAGUCAUGAUGAAAAUGGAAUUGAUGGAUCUUACUGGCUUAGACAAGGAAUUUGGACCUGACGCUGCGUCGGGACCCGGAUCUGGGUCUCAAGCGAGUUCAGAUGAUAUGUCAAUCACGCCCGGAUUGAUUUUGAGUAAUAUACAACAAGAGGGCAAUCUGAGUUCGAGUAAAUUUGUUAAAUCUCCUUUAUCAGCUGGAUACAUACCACCUCAAGAAGGAGAGGAAGAGGAGGAAGAUAAAGGGAAUCCGUUCGCAUCUAGUUUUGGACAAGCUGCUGUUAUGGAUGUGAAAAAUGAUGAUGAGGAGGAGAUGAAGUAA